UAAACCGGAUAAACCAGUCAUUAAGCCAUUGUAAUUAGAUAGAGAUUGAAUAACAUUACCUAGCCAAGGGGAAACUAAGAGAGGAGACAGGCUCCACCCCCCAGUACCACUCUCAGAAGGGGAUUCAGAAGUCAUGGCUGACCACAACAAGGUAUUGCCCCGUCCUCUUUUCCGCCGAGAUGUAAAUUGGGAUCCUUUCCGUGAGUGGACACAGCCUAGCCACAUGAUCAUGGAGAAGGACUUUGGCCUCCCUCCUUUCCUGGAUCCAGGCGAUGUGAGUUGGAUAGAUUGGGCUAGGAAUACAUUGGCAUCAUCCUCCUGGCCAGGGUACAAACACUAUCCACUCUUCAGCCCCAGCACUGUUCUUCCUGCUGCAGUGGCACCCCAGACUUCAGCCAGGCUUCAGAGGCAACUGUCUGGAGGAGUGUCAGCGAUCAGGACGGAACAUGGCAGUUGGAGGAUCACCCUGGAUGUUAAUCACUUCUCACCAGAGGAGAUAUCAAUCAAAACCAAGGGGGGCUUCCUGGAGAUUGCAGGUCAACAUGAUGAAAGGGAAGACGAACAUGGAUCAGUAUCAAGGUGCUUUAUAAGGAAAAACAAGCACUUGCAGCACAUCAGCUCAUCUCUGUCUGGUGAAGGGGUUCUCUUAGUAGAAGCACCUCUACCAGGCUCAGCUACCACCAUUCUCCCCAGUGACAUGGUCCUCCCCAUUCAGCUCAAGAAUGAGCAGGAGGGGAAAGAGUGAAUCCAGUUGUCUAGAUGUUGAGAUCCAUCACAAUUAGAUAUACAUCUUGGGGUAAAGCUUAGAAGUGAAUUACAGUGUUGACAACUUUUGACAAAAAUGUGAUUGUGUAUUAGGUCUUGGUCAUUCAAAAUGACAAACAUAGUGGCUUCUAUUGCUGU